AUCCGUCGCGGAGUGAAGGAGGUCCAGAAGUUCAUCAACAAGGGCGAGAAGGGGAUUACGGUGCUGGCCGGCGACACGCUGCCUAUCGAUGUGUACUGCCACAUCCCCAUCAUGUGCGAGGACAGGAGCCUCCCCUAUGCAUAUGUCCCUUCCAAAUCGAAACGAGCCGUUGGCCAAG